AUGGAGCAGUUCGAGGACGGCCACCACGUGCGGCUGCGGAGCCGCGAGCGCGGCACGUACCUGCACGCGGACGAUGACGGGCUUGGCGUCUCCCUCAGCCGGCGCCGCGCGUCGAUGAACUCGGCUUGGGCGGUGCACAUCUACCAGGGAGAUGGCAACAACCAGUACGUGCUCCUCCACAGCGCCGCCUACGGCCGCUACCUCGGCACCACGGGCGCGCCGGCGCCGCGAGGCCACAGCGACUAUGAGCCGUGGGAGGAGGUGGUCAUCAGGUGGCAGGCCGUCAGGACCGACUCGGGGGACGAUAUCCUGCUCCGCCAAGUCGCCGGCCGCCUCCGCGCCAACGGGAAGUACCUCAGCGUCGACGACUUCAACAGCGCCGGCCCGAUGAUGCACUGGGUCGUGGAGCGCAUCCCCGCCAGGGAGGACACGCCUCGCCUUGCAGCUCCGACUGGGGUGAGUCCGCCAUGCCCGCUUCUUCAUACUUCUCGAACUGCUUUCAGCGGAACUAUCGAUUGGGCGAAUUGGGUUCUUGUUUGUCGUUACAAUUGGGGAUUUGUGUCCGAUAAAAUAAUUGAGUACCCUGCUUCGUAUUUGAUGGUUCUUUGUGCUCAACUGCAGCUCCGCUUCCCCAGAAGCCUCGCCUUCCUGUUGCCGUGGCGGGUGAUCCAGUACGAGCAGGCCGGCGCCGGCGAUCCCAACGCCAACUUCGCCUGGGCCUCACUCGUAUUCAGGGGCAGGUCCAUGUUCCACCUGAGGAAGAAGCUGGCCCGCCGGCUGGAUGCCGCCAUGGACGCCUCCAACCUCGUCAUGUGCGUCCGAGCGGGUACGCACGGACGGCCUACCCCACUGCUCGCCGAUCUGCCCCACAGCGACGAGACCCUCGACAUCAUCGUCGUCAUGGCCGGGACGCCAGGUGAGACACGCCAUUGCUAA